AUGGCAGUAAAGAAGCGCAGCAGCAAGGGGCCCCUGGGGGCCCCGGGGGCCCCCAAGGGGGCCCCCCCCAACCCCCCUGCCUCUGAUUAUCUAAGCGAAGAUGAAGGAGAAGAUCCGCAGCUGCUGCUGCAGCAGCAGCAGCAGCAGAAGCAGCGCAAACGAGCAGCAGCAGCAGCAGCAGCAGCAGCAGCAGCAGCAGAGGGCGAGGGGGACAGCGACCUCUCUGAUGGCUGCCUGGACGCCAUCGAUUCUUCUUCAGAUGAUGAACCCUCAACUGUGCAGCAGCAGCAGCAGCAGCAGCAGCAGCAGCAGCAGCAAGAGCAGCAGCAGCAGCAGCAGCAGCAGGAGAAAAAGAAAAGCAGCAGCACAAAUAUAGAUGACAGCAAGAAUGUGCUGCUAGACACCGAGACACACUGGGCUGAUCUACACCUCAGCAGGCCGCUGCUGAAGGCCUUGGAUGCUCUCCAGUACCAACACCCCUCCUUCGUGCAGUCUGCUGCUAUCCCCGCAGCACUGAGGGGGCGAGACCUCCUCGUCAACGCACAGACAGGGUCUGGCAAGACAGCGGCCUUUUUGCUGCCUCUUCUGGAGCGGCUUCUGCAGAGCCCGGGGGUGAAGGUUCGAAAGGCUGUAGGUGGGGUGUCUCUGCAGCAGCAAGAAGCAGCGCUGCGGCAGCAACCAGAUAUCGUGGUGGCCACCCCGGGACGAAUCAUAGACUUGCUGAUGAACUCAGCUCAGCAAGAAGCAGCGCUGCGGCAGCAACCAGAUAUCGUGGUGGCCACCCCGGGGAGAAUCAUAGACUUGCUGAUGAACUCAGCUGUGAUCGUGUUGGAUGAGGCGGACCGUCUGCUGGAGUUGGGUUUCAGAGAUCAGAUACUGCAAGUGCUGCGGCACUGCCACCGCGGGCGGCAGACUCUGCUCUUCUCCGCGACGAUGUCUCCGGCUAUCUCUUCUUUGGCUCUUCUGGCGCUGCAGUCUCCGCUGCACAUCAGCUGCGAGCCCCGCAGCAGCAGCAGCAGCAGCAGCAGCAGCAAGAAGCAGCAGCAGCAGCUGCCAGAAAACCUGCAGCAGCAGUUUGUUGAGCUGCAUGGAGAGCAGCAGCGAAUGCCAGCGCUCGUACACCUCGUCAGGACUUCGUUUCAACGCAGAGUCAUCGUCUUCUUUGGGACAAAGAAAGCAGCUCACGAGGCCUUUCUGCUGUUUUCUUUGUUGGGUAUUUCUGCUGCUGAGCUGCAUGGAGACCUCACACAACAAAUGAGGACAGAGUCCCUAGCCAGCUACGUACACUCUGUGGGGCGUACAGCCCGCAUGGGCCGCAGCGGCACAGCAGCAACUUUAUACGACGGAGACAGUUCAGAGAGACUAGCAGUAAAGAGACUUCUUGCUGCACUAGGAGCAAGAGACAAACACCAGAAGCAGCAGCAGCAGCAGCAGCAGAAGCAGAAGCAGCAGCAGCAGCAGCAGCAGCAGCAGCAGGUGCUGCGGAGAAGGAUCGAUAACGCCAAACUUGAAGCCAUAGCAAAGGAGCUGCGGGGCUAUGAGGGGGCGCUGCAGAAGAAGAGACAGGAGGAGACACUUGAGAGAGAGAUGCGCCUCGCCCAGAUGUACGUCAACAAGGCCAACAACAUACAACUGCAUGCAGAUGAAAUAUACUCUCGGCCUCAGCGGGAGUGGUUCGAAAGCGCCAAAGACAAAAAGAGGCUGCAGGAGGCGUCGCGUGCUGAGGCAGAGGCAAGGUCUCUUCUCAGCAGCAACAGCAGCAGCAGCAGCAGCAGCAGCAGCCGCAGCAUGGAUGCAGCAGCAAAUAAGAAACAGAAGCAAAAGCAGCAGCAGCAACAAGAAGAGCAUGAAGACACCACGGAGUCUGGCAGCAGCGAGGAUGAGGGCAGCAGCGAAGAAGGCAGCAGCAGCGAAGAAGAAGACGAAGACGACAGCAGCGAAGAGCUGCCCGACUGGGUGACAGCUGAGGAUGCUGGCAGCAGCGAAGAUGAAGAGGACCCUUCAGCAGCAGCAGCAGCAGCAGCAACAGCAGCAGCAAAAGUUAAGUUUAAAGAGUUGAAAGCAACCAAGGAACAAAAGGCGAAGCUGCAGCAGGAACUGCAGCAGCAGCAGCAGCAGAGAAAGAAGAAGCGCCAGCCUUUGUCUGCGAAGCAAAAGGAGCGAAUGGAGGAAUUCCGCGUAGCCAAGGCAGCAGCAAGGUCCAAAAAGAAGAGCGCGAGGCCGCAGCGGCUCCGUAUGGACCGUGACUAUGAUGAGGAUGCCGCGGGCGGCUCCCUCCGGAGACAGAAGAAGCAGCAGAGAAAGAGAAAGAGAAGCGUGAAAGACAGCAGCCCUAUAGCUGUACCCCUGCAGCAGCAGCACCAGCAGCAGCAACAGCAGCAGCAGCAACAGCAGCAGCUGUCCCUGCCGCAAGAAUACUACUACAAGCAACAGCAGCAGCAGCAGCAGCAACAGCAGCAGCAGCAGCAGCAGCAGCAGCAAUAUGUGGGUUUUUGCUUCGCAGCGAAUGGAGGAAUUCCGCGUAGCCAAGGCAGCAGCAAGGUCCAAAAAGAAGUACGCUACUAA